AUGAGUCUGUCAAAUGCAACUCCUACCAUCACAAUCACCACACCACAACCCGCAAACUCAACCCUCUACGCCCGCCUCAUCAGCUACCAAGCCAACGGCGAUGCCGGCCUCCAAGACAUAGCAACACCAUGGAUCCCCGUGGACGAUCAAAGCACGUCUGCCUCAGAUGAAGCCAGUAUCCAACAACUCGCAGAUAGUCUCAUUUCUGCAUACACGGAUGACUUGCGGUUCGUCAAAGGCCCCAUCCAGCUGUGUAUAAGCCCGCUCGACGAAGCACCCAACAACCAUAUUUCCAUGCCAUCUGGCACCACGGAGACCUUAACUGACCCCAUAACGGCCGGCCAACUCGUCGCCAGCCUCACAAAAUGGAUCUCCCGCUGGCGCUCCUGGCAGCACUCCUCCUGCAUCCACUCAGCCCUCAUAUCCGCAGAACCAUCCAUCACGGCCAGUGGCCCCGUCACAUCCCUUGAACGCGCCGCCGACCCUGCCCGCCUCCAGAGGACGUGUAAUCCCAGAAAACACCCCGAGCUAUGGGUAAAUCCAUCCAGUGUCAGAGAUGAAGAGCCAUGGGUCUCUCCCAACCCCGACCCGCGGGCUAUCCUCAUCGCAGAGGACAACCAGAUUAACUGUAUAGUUUUAUGCAAGAUGUUGUUCAAGCUGGGUGUGAAUUUCAAGAUUGCAGAAAACGGCCAAGAGGCAUUUGAUGAGUACACGCGCGAUCCGGAGCGGUAUUGGUGCGUGUUUAUGGAUCUGAGCAUGCCGGUUGUGGACGGGUAUACGUCCUCGCGCUGGAUAAGGGAGUUUGAAAAGGAACGGGGGUUGGAGCCGUGUGUCUUGGUAAGGAUGCAUUACGGACCGGUGGAGGAUGGGCCGAGAGCAGAUGUGUUUGAUUACUUUUUGGAUAAGCCCAUUAUGAUGAGUAGGAUCUCGGGGAUUUUAAACGCAGAGAAGGAGAGGGAAUUGCGGAGGGCUGGCUGUAUUGGGAGUGGUUAA